GUCACUAGCUUAUUCAAGCCAUUUAGUACGCGGAGAGACAAUCAAAGUUUCCAUUUCAUAUAACUUUCAAAAGCAUCGUAAAUAAUUGGAGCAAUUAAUGAGACAGUAUAUAUACAGGGUAAAUGCUUUUUCUAAAUCCUGUAGGAACGACAACUUGCUCUGAAAGGUUUUCACAAUAACUUGCUGACUUUCUGUUUCGAGUUAUGAUGUUCGUCAAGGUCUGGGUCGCUAUGACACUGUUAGGAGUAGCAGACGCCGUGUGCACCUACACGUCUUGGAUGCUCAGCUUUGAUUCCCCGGGUCAGUCGAAAUGCAACGAGCUAAACCACUAUAUUUACGGGCUAGAAAGAAGCGAUGUCCAUAAGGACGACCAGCUUUUUUUUCUAGAAGGUGUGCAUUGUUGCAGCGCACCGCCUCAGUGGUCAAAAAUCGAGGUUCAGGUCGUCUACGCUGACUGGACAAAGACAUUGGAUAGACCGAACCAAUGGGCCCAUUGCCCCGCAGGAUUUUUUCUUCAAGGUUUGCAGCGUUCCAAGUCGGGAAAGAACAAAGGCUACGUAUAUAACAUUGAAAAUGGACGCUGCGCAAAGCCAGCCAAUCACCCAUUCUACUACGGCGACUGUUAUAGCCAUUACAUUGAUUUUAGUAGGUCAGGUUUGUAUUCUUGCAAUGAGGGUUACUAUAUCACUGGCCUGUACAAAGCUGACUGCGACUACUUGCAUUGUAUAGAUAGACUGUAUUGUUGUAAGAUGGCGGACACCCCACAGGUAGUGGACGAUCCAGAAACGUUAAAGACAAGAAUUAUGGACACUACUUUGUGGAACUUGGCUAACCUUGCGGCCGGCCUGGGGUACGGUUGGUGCUCUGGUACUAAAGGAAUGAACGUAGGUGAAGAUUUUUACAGAAGCGGAGACUCGUGGGUGGCUGACUCGAGACUGUUUUGGCCAAACAAAAAAUGUGAUGGUUACAAGUGUAAAGAAAGACUCGCCAUUGAUUACUCGGGAUGGACAUUUGUCGUAAAAGAAAUUAGGUAUGGAGAAAGUGUCAUUGACGAAUUAAUACCAGUGAGUAUAGACGGUGGCAUGAGAGUCAACGAAGGAGAUUCUACGGUGAAUGCAACAUUUGAACGUUCGCAGGAAGUUACGGAAACAAUCGUGCAUUCAUCAACCAACAGCUGGAAGACUAGUCUUGAACUGUCGUUUUCUGUAGAGGUCGGCCUAAAACAUCUAGCGAAAGCCUCAAGAACCUUGAAAAUAGGUUUCGAUUAUUCGAAAUCUAAAACGGAAACAAAGUCCAAUACGAAGACAGAUGUGCUUAAAGCAACUACAACCAUAAGCAUUCCACCUCGAUCAGCUGCGAAGUGUACAGUUAUAGUUAGUAAAGCCCGAACGACUAUUCCCUACACGGCUGUCGUCAUUGCAAGGUUCAAUGUAGGAUUUAGGGGAUUUUUACGGUGGGGACAGGGCUAUGACAGCCCAUCAACCAAUUAUCAUUCCCAACAUAAAGGCAGCGGAGCUAGGCCAAGCGUACCGUACACUUUUGGAGAUCAGUCUGAAGCUUUCUACACAGCUCUUAAACGACAAAGCGAAUCCCAGGCUUGGCCUUGGUUGUGGAAUGAGAUGCUUAGGAAUUACCCGUCUGUACGUCACGUGAUCAACAGACUCACAGAUGAGAGCCAGUAUGAAAUUACUUUGAAUGGAAAGCUAGAGCAUGUCUCAGGGACGAAAAUCGAUAUAAAGUGGGAGACGAGAGAACUGAAUAAAAAUUUUAAUCGUCGAUCUGAAACUGAUGAUGGCAAAGCCAAUACAACACAACUAAACAAUGGAACUUUCUUUGCUACAGUGGGUCCCAAUGAUAAACCUGUAGAUGUCAAGUACCCUGAAGUAGAAUUGGUCAAUGCAGAGCCAUUUGAAUUAGAUAUUCUUCCAGCGAAUCAAGAAUCCUCUUAAGUAAUGAUGUGGACAGCGGUGUAUAAUAAUUGUGUAUUUCUAAAUGCUAUGCUUUGAAUACGAAUUUGAUUGUCUUCCAAAGUUUUAAAAAUUUUCUACACUAAGAAGAUAUAGAUUUUUAAUCAUUUUUAUAAAAUAUAACUUUUUUUAUCCUUUUUAAAAACAUAUAACUUGGUAAUCAUUUUAACAACGUAUAACGUUGUAAUCAUUUUGUUAUAUAAAUAUAUGUAUGUGUGUCUGUGUGUAUCUGUAUGUGUCCGUGGGUUGUUGUUUUUUUUGGGUAAAAAAGGCGCAAUGCAGGAAUUAUAGAAAAUAUCAUAUUCUUUAAAAUAAAUGCCUGGCAUUUUUCAAGCAGAGUAGGAAAUUAUUGUCAAUUUUCAACUUUGCCUACAAUGACUAGAACUGUAUUAGGCAACACUGAAUAGGUAUUCUGUUGAGAUAAAUUUUGAAAAAAGGAAAAAAAGGAAAAAAAACAACAACUGAAUUUUUUACGACUAAAAAUAGAUUUGUAGCUCCACGUAUUCGCCUAUAUGAAGUGCUAUUUCAGUUUUCAAUCAAUAUAAUAAUGAUUUCAUUUAAUAAAUCUAUUUUGUCCAAUAGUGAAACACUGUUGUGUAUUUAUGAUUUCUAGUGGCGUAUUGUGAACUGUUCUGUAGUGAUGUGCCUGGCUAAGAUACGUGCUUAGAAUCAAGGUCUAUUUGUGUUUGUGUUUACUGUAUUGCUAUGAACAGUUUUGUCAUUCUUGUACAAUAAAACCUUUAAAAGAUG